AGAUUGUAUGUAAACCUCGAAGAACAUAGCAGCAGAAAGUAAUGGCUGUACCACUAGCAUUCCGCAAUCUAAUUAAUCAAUUGCAACGCUGCAAAUAUGCAUCAAUUUUCCCCAAAUUAUCAAAUCAAAUUCACAGAAGAAAUCUCUCUCUCAUCUUUUCCACUUCUUACAAACCCACCAAUCCUCGGACUCUUGUCUCCUCUAAACUCGCUAAAGAGGACACUUUGGUACUAAGGAAAGAUGAGAGAUUGGGUAAUGGAGAAGUGAGCAGCUUGGAGCCGGUUUCGAGUUCAACCACAAUUGCGGCCAUAGUGACUUCGUUGGGGGGCCCACCGGGUGCAGUGGGGAUUAUUCGAUUAUCCGGUCCAUCUGCGGUUUAUAUUGUUGGUCGGAUUUUUCAACCCAAAUCAAGAAAGAGGAGAAAGGACUUUUCUUGGUCGCCUACUAGCCAUGUUGUUGAGUAUGGUGUUGUUUUCGAUUCAAAUUGCAAUGUCAUCGAUGAGGUGUUGGUUGUACCUAUGUUGGGUCCGAAAUCGUAUACUCGUGAAGAUGUGAUCGAGCUUCAGUGUCAUGGCAGUGAAGUGUGUCUGCGUCGUGUCUUAAGGGCUUGCCUAGAUGCUGGUGCCAGGCUGGCAGAACCAGGUGAAUUCACUCUCCGUGCUUUUUUAAACGGCCGUUUAGAUCUAGCCCAGGCUGAAAAUGUGGGAAAACUUAUAUCAGCUAAUUCAACAGCUGCUGCAGAUUCUGCAUUGGCAGGAAUACAGGGGGGCUUUUCCGGUAUGGUGAAAUUGUUAAGAGCACAGUGCAUUGAGUUACUAACAGAGAUAGAAGCUCGCCUUGAUUUUGACGAUGAGAUGCCGCCCCUCGAUUCCGGUUUAGUCGUAAAUAAAAUAUGUACGAUGUUGCGGGAAGUGGAUAAUGCUUUGGAAACUGCCAAUUACGACAAGCUUCUACAGUCAGGUGUACAGAUAGCAAUUGUUGGCCGACCAAAUGUUGGGAAAUCGAGCCUUCUUAACGCAUGGAGCAAAAGUGAGAGAGCAAUAGUUACAAAUAUUGCCGGCACAACAAGAGAUAUAGUAGAAGCCAAUAUUACUGUCGGUGGAAUUCCCGUCACACUUCUCGAUACAGCUGGUAUUAGGGACACCGAUGAUGUCGUCGAAAAAAUCGGUGUUGAAAGGUCUGAAGCAGUCGCGACGAGUGCUGAUGUCAUCGUGUUGACCGUGAGUGCUGCCGAGGGGUGGACUUUAGAGGAUGACAGGCUUCUCGAAAGGAUUCAAAGCAAUAAGAGGGCAUCUUCAUCGAGUACUCCGUUAGUUCUUGUGGUGAACAAAAUCGAUUGCGCUUCUUCGUCUUCUAAUUGUGAAUGGGCCGAUAGACUUUCGAGCUCUUUCGACAAACUCGUAUUUACAUGUGCUGUGACCGGUCAAGGCAUCUCCGAUUUAGAAUCUUCUAUAGUGGAUCUCGUCGGUCUCAAUAAGAUUCCUUGUGGGGGCCGCAAAUGGACUGUCAACCAGAGGCAAUGCGAGCAGCUUGUUAGAGCGAGGGAGGCUUUCGUAAGGUUGCAAUCUUCGAUCGACGAAGAAAUACCUUUCGAUUUUUGGACAAUUGAUCUCAGAGAAGCAGCUUUAGCUCUUGCCCAAAUAAGUGGAGAAGAUAUUUCCGAAGAAGUUUUGUCGAACAUUUUCGGCAAAUUCUGCAUCGGCAAAUAAUUUUUUUUGCUGAAACCCGUUAUUUGUCGUUCACAUUUAAUUUUGUAAUUCCCUGCUAUGUGUUACUAUUCAUUACCAAAAGAUAACAAUGAACAUAAUGUAAAAACAAUUUUACAUUUUUUCGGGUAAAUUACAGCCACCCCAAACAUGACGGGUUUUUUCGUAA